AAAUUCAAUCCGAUGGAAUGCUAAUUUGACGUCCGCAAGGAGACAUCCUUUCUCUCUCCUCUUUUCUUUCUCUCUCUUCUUCUUCCUUCGUCUUCUCUCUCUCUUGCUUAGAUACAGCGAAGAACAGCAGACAACCAAGAGAAAAAAAAAGGAAAAAAAAUCCCAAAAAAAAAAAUUAAAGAAAAAAAAAAGAUACUGAGAUAGACCCUCUUUCUUCUUUCUCUCUCUAUCAUAUUCUCUUCUCUUAUUACUUCUGAUAUUGAUUUUUAGGAGAAAAAAACACUUUGCCCCUUCAAAAUUAAAGGAAAAUAGAAAAAAAAAUCGAACCCUAAAAAAAAAAAAAGCAAUUUUUAUUGGUGGGUCUCGUAAAACAGAGAAAAUUGGGAGCAACCCAGUUCUUAAUUCAGUGUUAAUUUCAGUUUUUACAUCCCAAUUUUGAGAAAUUUUCUCUCUCUAGAUUAAUUAAUUUAGUUCUGAAUGAGUGAAGGUUUAAGUGGGAUCCAAAGAUUUGGAGUUAACUCAGGGAAUACCGCGAAAGCUCGAGGAUUUCUUGGAGGCGUCGGCAUUGUAGUAUGUUAAGUAGAAACGUGUUUUGCUCGGUUUGUACAAUACCUUUACUGGGUGUUUUAUUUAGCGACUUGCAAGUUUUUAUGGUUAAGCACAAAAUUGUUUUGGAUGCUUUAGUGUGUGGUUGCUACUUUGGAGUAUUAUGCCUUGAAUAUAGUCCAAAAUUGCUUGGUGGGUCUUCGUUUAUUUCGGUUUUUGAACUGUCUUUAGUGUAAAAUUUAGCUGGUUUUAUUAGGAUUCAUGUGGUUUUAGAUAGUUAGGUUUUAAUUGUUGAAGCAGUGAUAGGUAAUUAAGAUCUUUUUGAUUAUACAAUGGUGCCUUCUGGACCGUCCACCCCAAUUGGUGGAACCCAAUCUGUUAAUCCUUCACUGUUAAGGUCGAAUUCCGGGAUGUUGGGAGGGCAAGGUGGUUCAAUGCCUUCUCAAGGGGGUUUUCCAUCUUUAGUGUCACCCAGAAAUCAGUAUAAUAAUGUGAAUUUGCUGGGAAACGUCGCCAAUGUUUCAUCGCUUCUUAACCAGUCUUAUGGGAAUGGUGGGGCGAAUUCCGGGAUUGGUGUCGGGAAUGGCCCCAGAGGUGGCCUUGAUGUAGGAGCUGAGUCUGAUCCCCUUUCUGGUAUUGGCAAUGGAAUGGGGUUCAACCCUGCAUCCUCUUAUGGUACUUCUAAUAUGGUGAAUCCUAGCUCAUCUGGUCAGAGUCAGGGUCAAGGUCAGGGCCAGCAGUUUCCGAAUUCUUCUGGUAAUCAAAUGUUACAAGAUCAAGCACAAUCCCAACAGCUUGAAUCCCAAAAUUUCCAGCAUCAGCAGCAACAAUUUCCUGCUAACCAGCAGCCACAACAGCAGCAAUAUCGGGGUGGGCUAGGUGGUGUUGGUCCUGUUAAAUUAGAGCCCCAGGCUUCAAGUGAUCAACAUGGUCCCCCACAACAGCAGCAAUUGCAGCCUUUAAGAGGUCUUAGUCAGGUAAAGUUGGAACCGCACCAAUUGCAGAAUAUGCGGGGUAUGGGGUCUGUAAAGGCGGAGCCUCAACAUUCAGAGCAGUCCAUGUUCAUGCAUCAGCAGCAACAGCCGCAUCAACAACAGCAGCAGCAUCAACAGCAACUCAUGCAGCAGAUGUCCAUGCCAAGGAACCCACAAGCUGCAGCCGCCCAUCUUAAUCUCUUGCAGCAACAAAGAAUGCUUCAGCUACAGCACCAGGCUCAACAACAACAACAACACCACCAUCAGUUAAUGAAGGGUAUUCCUCAACAAAGGUCUCAAACGCACCAGCAAUUUCCUCCCCAGAAUAUGCCUCUUAGGUCACCUGUGAAACCAGUUUAUGAGCCUGGGACGUGUGCCCGUCGUCUCACACAUUAUAUGUAUCAACAGCAGCACAGACCAGAGGAUAACAAUAUCGAUUUUUGGAGGAAAUUUGUUGCGGAAUAUUUUGCCCUGAAUGCCAAAAAGAAGUGGUGUGUGUCUAUGUAUGGAAGCGGUAGGCAAACUACCGGAGUAUUUCCUCAGGAUGUAUGGCAUUGUGAAAUAUGCAAGCGCAAGCCUGGCCGUGGUUUUGAGGCGACUGUUGAGGUUUUGCCAAGGCUUUUCAAAAUUAAGUACGAAAGUGGCACAUUAGAAGAGCUUCUUUAUGUUGAUAUGCCUCGUGAAUAUCAGAAUUCGUCAGGUCAAAUUGUUUUGGACUAUGCAAAGGCAAUUCAGGAAAGUGUUUUUGAGCAGCUACGUGUUGUUCGAGAUGGCCAGCUUCGGAUAGUUUUCUCCCCUGACCUCAAGAUAUGCUCAUGGGAAUUUUGCGCCCGGCGACAUGAAGAGCUCAUUCCUCGACGACUCUUAAUACCCCAGGUUAGUCAGCUUGGUACUGCUGCGCAGAAGUAUCAGGCUGCUACACAAAAUUCAUCAUCCAAUAUGUCUGUUUCAGAUUUACAGAGUAAUUGUAACAUGUUUGUUGCGUCAGCUCGACAACUGGCAAAAACACUGGAAGUUCCAUUAGUUAAUGAUUUAGGUUACACAAAAAGAUAUGUUCGCUGCCUUCAGAUAUCUGAAGUGGUCAACAGUAUGAAAGACUUGAUUGACUACAGUCGAUCAACAGGGGCUGGACCAAUGGAAAGUUUGGCCAAGUUUCCUCGAAGAACCAGCACAUCAUCUGCCCUUCAAAGCCAGCAACCUGAAGAGCAGCAGCAGCAGUCGCAGCAACCGCAGCAGCAACAUAACCAGCAGCAGUCACAGCAGGCAAUGGCUCAGAACUCGAAUAGUAAUGAUCAAGGUUCUGUCCAGGCUGCUGUAAUGCAGAUUGCUUCUAGCAAUGGGGUGACCAGUGUAAAUAAUAAUUCACUCAAUGUACCUUCCACCUCUACUUCACAAAGUACUAUUGCCGGGCUUCUCCACCAAAAUUCAAUGAACUCCCGACAGCAAAACCCUAUGAAUAAUGCUAAUAGUCCUUUUGGUGGUGGAAGUUCUGUUCAGAUGCCAUCUCCGGGUGGUUCAUCAAGCACAAUGCAGCAAACGCAACCAAAUCCUUCCCCCUUCCAAUCUCCCACACCUUCAACUUCUAAUAAUCCUCCCCAAACUUCACAUGGUUCGUUGGCAGCAACCACCAAUCACAUGAACUCUGUAAACUCACCUGCAAUGUCCAAUAUUCAUCAGCCUGCUCUAUCAGGUGAUGGAGAUACAAAUGACAGUCAGAGCACAGUUCAAAAGAUGUUACAAGAAAUGAUGAUGAACAGUCAACAUAAUGGGGGAGGUAUGAUGGGCAUCGGUUCAUUAGGAAGUGACGCAAAAAAUGUGAGUGGCAUAUUGCCAAUGAGCAGCAACUCGGCUCUCAAUGGUCUUGUGGGCAAUGGGCCCACGAAUAGCAACUCAAGUAUGGGUGGCGGGCCUUUAGGGGGCAUGGGUGGGGGAAUGGGCCAGGCUUCGAUGGUUAACGGAAUCCGAUCUGCUAUGGGCAACAAUUCUGUUGUGAUGAAUGGAAGAGUGGGUAUGGCCUCAAUGGCACGGGAUCAAAGUGUGAAUCAUCAGCAACAAGACCUGGGAAACCAAAUGCUAAGUGGGCUUGGAGCAGUCAAUGGGUUCAACAGUCUUCAGUAUGAUUGGAAACCAUCACCAUAACAAAAGAUUAUAUGAAAUGGGUGUGAAAAUUUGUUGUCCGGGUUCUGAAAAGAUAAAUGGAGCUAUUUGUGCGGCAUGAUAAUGCAAUGAUGGAAAGAGAAGAGGCUUCUGUGAUUCCUUGUUGCCCUGAGGCAGAGGAGUUUGCACAUGGAUGGAGUUGAGGGUUUGCGCUUGAGGAUGAGGGAGAGAGAACGAACAGAAGAAGGGGGGGGGGGGUGGUUAAACACCACUUUGUACUAAUUUCAGAGAGGAGAGGGAACAUAUAGCGUAGCGUUUUACUAUAUUAUUGAAAAGAAUAUCUUCACAUUUCUCAAAAAUCAGCUGUUUUUGGCCUCUCUAACAUUGUCUUUCAGUGUUUUAACUCUGAUCGUCAAGUGUAUACUGCAUAGCAAUUGAGAUUGGGAUCGAUUGUUGGGAGAUGUACAAUGAGUAGAGGAUUGAUCCAAUUCACUUGUACAACCUUCUUGUAAGUUUCUGGAGCCUUUGUACACUACUUAUAUGUCAGCAUUCCCUUCAACUCCUAGUUAUGUUGCUAGGUGAUGUGUUUGCAUCUUCAGCAGGGAUCUCAGGUUUGCGCCCUAUUGGACUUUCUUUGGAGGUUGUCUAAACAACCUAUAUAGUAUCUAAAAGUAAGGUUGAAUGUAUUAAUGCAUCAUUUAUACCGCCUUAGAAAAUUUUUGUACCGAUGUUUUGAGGUGAAGUGAACAUUCCUGUGCUGUGCUGCACAGGUCUUAUAGAUGAUCGUCAUACUUAGUGUCAUUUAGUGAUAGUUUUUAUGAAGAAACUAAGUUUUGUUUCAUAAUAACUCCGCAUUUGAUCAACAGUGAAGGCCAGACGCAAGUGUAGAUUGCAACACAAGCGAAACACCUUUGGGAAUUAUAUCCUCUAAUCCUACCUUUGUGUAUAUUGGUUCAUACAAACUUUAAAUGUUACAAGUUUACUAAUUUUCUAUCCAACUUUAUACAAGUACUUCGUUUC